AUGACACUUGCUGUUGAUGAUCCGCUAGUGGAGACAGCAUUGGUAAAGAAAGCUUUGAAAAGUUGGGACUUGAAACGACUUCUGGGGCUCCAGGACGAACUUACACGAGAGAUAGAAGAUCGAGUUCAACUUCUCGAGAUAGAGAUCGAAACACUGAAAGGCCGAAAGGGCGUUGAAGAUGGGCUAAAGAGAGGGGGAAAGUUUCCGUUGGUCAAAGUUGAAGAAAAAGAGAAUCUCCCCUUUCACCAAGAGCACCAAGCGACUACGCAAUUGACCCAUGUUGGGAAAAAACGCAAGAUCUCUAGUUCUGGUGCUGAAACUGGUAAUGUGUCGGCUCAAUCGAGCCAAACGAUUGAGGCCCAAGAAGAGUUUUUGAUACCGGGAACUUUGGAUAUGCAGAGUAAAGAUAUAAAUUUUAGCUCGCCGUUGAAGCCCGCACAAACCGAUGAACGCAAGUCUGAAAAAUCGAGCCCAACAAGACAUCAUCUGGCUGUUAUAAGCGAUUCAGAAGGCGAAUUGGAAUGGUCAGAUACGGAAGAUCAACGAGAUUCUCUCAAGUCUGGGCCAGUUCAAGUGAAAACAGAACCAGAAAGAAGACACGACGAUUUUUUGCAUAAUGUGCUCAAGUGUGAACCACCAAGACCGUCGAAACCAUCAAAGCCAAAAGUAGUUUUUAAUGCAAACCCGUUUUCGAAAAGACCUUGGAUUUUUGAAGAUUUUAAAGCCAACGACGCGAUUUCAAGUUCUGCAAAACCAGGUACCAAUUUCGCUCUGGCAAGAAUUUCUAGAUUCCAAUCAGCAACCGGCGUACCAGUUUUGAACCAAAAAGUUGUCUUAAACCCACACAAAGGUUUCGAACUUGUUACGGAAGAGCCGGUGAUAAUCCCUACCGCCCAAACGAGUCAUGGUGUAGACGAAGUCUUUGAUAAUUUGAGACAACGUUCAAAAUCCCCACCUGGGUAUGGUCGUCUCGAUUUCCCCAACACUCAGGAGAACGAUGCGGAUAUCGUUAAAUCUCGCGAAAUUUUGUACAACAAGACAAAAGAUAGAUUUUUAAUGGCUACAAGAAGCGAUCUCAGCCCCAGCAAAAGAGAUUUUGUCUUUAGAAAUGUUCAAUUGAAUGAUAUCGUAAACAAGGGCGAUUUCGAAUGGGAUAUGAAAUCUUUACAAAUCUUUUGCCGGGCCAAGGUACGAAAUUGA